CAAUAUUCGGCAACCUCGCCUUUGCACAAGUGCCCCGAGUCAGCACUGAUCCCAACGACUUCGACAUUGUCCCGCUCACCAGCACGGAUGGCGGCAACUACACUCUCGGUCCGGCCAUGUAGACUGGUCAGAUAUCCAAGAAUGGACCCAAUGUCACUCUCUACGGCAAGUCCGUGACCGAUAUCUUCCAGUACAUUGAUGAUCAGAACCCCCCACUAUAAGCUGGAUUUCGCGGACACGGUCGGCCGACUUACGGGACUGGACAUGGAACGGAGCACAGCCAACUCGAACUAUGAUCCUGUUAACCCCGACGACCUCCUCCCCCACUGCGGACCCCUGGUGCCCGGCCAAUGUCGGAUCGGUGGCAACCCCUACGCAUGGAAGGAAGCCAUCCCCUACCUGCAGUCCCGCAUGAACUACAUCUACAUGUCCGAGGGCUGCAAAGGCUUCUGCUACCGCAUCAGCUGCUGCUGGGACACGGGGAUCUACCUGUGCAACGACAAAGACGAUGCCCAAUACAUCCACGCGCGAUAUCUCGGUUUCCUGCUGCAGUUCCUACGCGAUCGCGGGUGCCCGAGCGGAGACAAGCAUCAGGAGCAGCCGUGGAGUCAGGUGUAUCAUAAGCUGUGGAUGUUCUGGCUUUCGAUCUGUGCGACGACUGUGUGGGAUGGGCUUUGCUGAGAGAUGAUGGGUCGAGGGAAGAGAGUGAGGGGCUUGCACACUGGAUUUUCAUGGAUAGUGCUGAAAAGGAUUCUAAGACGAAGGCAGGUUAGCAUAGGUACCUUGAGGAAUAUUGCAACUGUUGGGGUUACAUAGAUACCAGACAGGGCAUCAA